AUGAAGCGCCGGCGCAGUGACAGCGAGUUUCAGGCUGCCAAGGAGACGAAGCGCCAGGAGGAGGCGCAGCUCGCGCGGUCGGCGCUCUCGCGCUACGAGUCCGACAAGGCUUUCCGCUUCCUCUACGAUAGCGUGGCUGAGAUGUUUGCCGAGAUGCUAAAGUCCGACGUCGAGCACCUGCGCGUGGGGGACACCACCAAGAUCGGACUCACGGCCAAGUGGUGCCCGUUGAUCCGCUCGUUCUACGGCCGUGCGACCCUGCUCUGCGAGGCCAUAGCCCGCCUCAUAUUCCCGCACGAGUCCAGCCAGGAGUACCUCAACAUCUCGGACAAGCACUACGCCUACCGCGUCCGUGACCAGCUCCCGCCGCGAGGUGCUGGUGCCGCUGCGCAAGGCCCUCGAGCUCCCGGAGGUGUACAUGUGCACGUCCAAGUUUGA